UUCGCCGCAACUGAACGCGAGGUACACAUCGAAGGCGCUGCAUUUUACCCACCACCAUUCUGACAGCUCUCACGUGAGCGAAACGAGUGCAGUCGUUGAUCGAAGAUGUCCAUCGUGCUAUACCAGCUGAAUGCUAGUCCACCGUGUAGGGCUGUUCGAAUUGUCGCCAGGUUGAUUGGUAUCGUGCUUGAGCUCAAAGACGUCAAUGUUGCGGCCAAAGAACAAUUGAAAGAAGAUUUUCUCAAGUUAAACCCUAUGCACACCAUACCAACUCUGCAAGACGACACCUUUGUGCUGUGGGAAAGUCGCGCAAUUAUGCGGUACCUGGUUGACAUGUAUGCGCCCGACCACUCACUCUACCCCAAGGACAUCCGCAAGAGAGCCCUCAUUGACCAGUUUCUGGAUUACGACCUCGGCACAUUUUAUCGCAGCAUCGCCGAUUACUUUUACUCCUACCUGCUCAAAGGCGAACCCAAGAGUGAGCAGAAGGAAGAUACCUUCCGCAACAGCCUACGUUCUUUGGACGCCCUGCUGAGAGACAAGCCCAGCCGUUUCCUGACUGGGCCACAGAUGACGCUGGCCGACGUGGCGCUCAUGGAGUCCCUCACAGUUCCCGAGACGAUGAACUAUGACCUAUCAUCCUUCCCAAGCGUUAAGGCGUGGUACGAGUGGAUGCAGGCAAAACUCUACACGGUCAACGAAAUCAACGUAGAAGGCAUUGCACAGUUCCGGGCUUGCAUCGGCAUGCAGUGAAGGGAUGACCCUGCGCCCUGUUUCCGUGAAAAUGUAUUGCUGUUUUUUGAGAAAGUGGUUCCUAAUAAAGUUUAUUUAG